AUGACGGCCUGCGGGGCCAUCCGCGGCGCGCCUGGGAGGCCCAGCACGAUCGCUGCCCGACUGCAGGCGCCCCACAGGCGGCCGUGCCGCGCCCCACGCGCGGCAACGCCCUCCGCGGCCCCGGCCCCAGUCAGUGAGGAGCCGGCCAAGAGCGACGAGCGCGGCGCGCGGCUGGAAAGCAUGAUCCAGCUGCGCAAGCUGUACCGCAACCUGCUGCGAGCCGAGGCGCUGGUGGUGGAGCCCACGCCUGUGUACCAGCCGCCGCCGCCGCCGCCGGAAGCCGCCCCGGAAGAGGGCAACGGCUCCGCAGACGCGGUGGCAGCAGCCGCGGCGGCCGAGGCGGAUGAGGCGCAGCGGCUGGAGGCGGCGGUGGAGGUGGUGGCGGAGAUGGAGCUCACGGCGGAGCAGCUCAAGGCGGGGCUGCGCGCCCUCAAGGCCUGCUCCUACGACUUCAGCCGGCUGUUCCGGGAGGAGGCGGGCAAGGCGGCGGCGGCCGAGCUGGAGCAGCGCGUGGCGGCGCUGUACGACGAGCUGGCGCAGCGUGCGGCGGUGGAGGUCUCGCACCUGCCCUUUACCAGCGAGGCGGCGGCCCACGCCGCCAUCGACGCCCGCAACGCCCGGUUCCGCCUGUCCAUCCCUUGGUCACCCGGGGAACCUGGCGAGGGCGGCGGCGGCGGCGGCGUGGCGGGCAGCAGUGUGGACCAAGGCGACCGCCCGCCGCAGGCGCCGCUGUCGGAGCGGCUGGUGAAGGCGGAGAAGGCGGCGGAGCAGUUUGUGGCGCGGCGCCUGCAGCCCGCGGUGGCGCGUGUCAAGCAGACCAGCCCGGAGGGGGUGGUGCAGGGCCUCAAGACGAGCGCGGUGUGGGCCAAGGGGCUGUGGAACCGCCUGAACGGCGCGCCCGGGCAGGCGCUGGGCCGCGACGCCUCGCCCUUUGGCCUGCCGCUGCCCACCACCAGCACGGAGGAGCAGCGCAAGCAGGCGGUGCAGCAGCUCAACCUGCAGCUGGACGCGCUGGAGAAGCAGCUGCAGGAGGCGAGCAAGGCGCGGGAGAGCCGGCUGCGCAAGGCGGGGAUACAGGGCAGGGCCCGCAUGGCCAGCGAGCUUCGGGACAUGGACAACGCCAUCGCCGCGCUGUCCAAGGCGCUGGCGGUGCGCACGCUGCAGCUUGAGAUGGAGUAUGUGUGCGGGGCGCUGGAGGACGAGGCGCGCGACAUUGUGGGGGACAGCAGCGCCAAGGGGCUGAGCGAGGGGGAGGUGAAGCUGGCGCUGAGCCGGCGCGGCAGCAGCGACGAGGUGGCGCUGCUGGUGGCAGAGUUCCGCCUGCUGGACGAGCAGCUGGCGGGCAUGGCGUCGGCGGUGGAGGCGGAGGAGGCGCUGUUCAUCGACGACGCCGAGCUGUCCAGGCUGGCCACAGACGUGCCCGACCUGCGCAUGCGCCUGGGCAUCGGCGAGACCGAGGUGUUUGGCGGCACCGGCUUCAGCCUGGUCAAGGUCCAGCUGCAGAUCCGGGAGGGGGUGGUGAAGAUUGUGGAUGGCGUUCUGUUUGGCGUGCGCGGCGUCAAGCUGCUGUUCUCUGACAUCGGAUCAGCGGGCAAGCUGUUCUGGCGCGCGGUGCGGGGCGGCACGCUGAAGCCGCGGGAGGUGCAAGCGCUGCGGCGCACCGUGCGCGACCUGCUGGCCUUUGUGCCCUUCACCAUCAUCCUCAUAAUCCCCCUCACGCCCGUGGGCCACGUCCUCAUCUUUGGCUUCAUCCAGCGCUACUUCCCCGGCUUCUUCCCCUCCCAGUUCACCGGGCGGCGGCAGGACCUGAUGAUGAAGUACGAUGAGCUCAAGCGGGAGCUGCGGGAUGCGGAGCUGCAGGCGGAAGCGGAGAACGACGAAAUAGAGUACCAGCGCAAGGCGGCGUCGGCGAUGGCGGCGCUGGGGCGCGGCGCGGUGGCCGCGGCGGGCGCCGCGGGCACGGCGGGGGCCGCCGUGGCGGCCGCCGCCACCGCGCUGGGCGGCGAGCUAGAGCUGGCGAUGGCGGCGGGGGCGGCGGCGGCGGCGGCGGGGGCUGCUGCCGCAAACGCCAUGGUGGGCGGCGGCAGCGACGAUGUGGCGGCGUCGAUGGGAGGGGAGGGGGAGGAGGAUGAGGAGGGGGCCGCGGCCAAGGCGGAGCAGCCAAAGGAGCAGCAGCAGCAGCAGCAGGAGCAGGGGCAGCAGCAGCCGAUGAAGAGCAAGCCGAGCUCCUCAGGCAGCUUUGCCGGCGGGCAGCAGUAG